CAGGAUACAUACAUCCAUGGGAUACAGCCUCCAGAAGCUAGACAUUGCUAAUGGGCUUUGACGCAGAUUAUUGGACAGUUUACAACUAAUUUAAUGUGUUUGAGAGACCGUUAAAACACAUAUAUAGAGCUAGUCUAUUGUUAUGUUAUUUUAUCCGUUAUUUGAUCAGUUAAACCGUUUUUGUUGCCUCGGACGGAUUUAGAGCCGCCCGUAGUUCGGUUUGUUUUUAGCUUUUGAUGCUUAGUGGCUAAACGGUAAACUAAAUAAACGUUUUUUCCGGGACUAAAACGCCUGGGAGAUUAAUGUGUGUAACGGCAGGCUGUUAGUGGCACAUGGAGCGGGGAGAGAAAGACAGCAGACUGCUGAAGAACCAGCCGUACGACGAGAGCCUGGAGGCGGUGGACUCCGAGGAGAGUGUUUACAGCCCGACUCCCGGGAAACAGUCAGAGUCCCAGCCCAGCAGAAGGGGGCGGGGCUUAAUGUCGGCCAACAGCGACGAGUUUGACGAGGACGAGGCGAGGGGGGUGCAAUCGGGUGUCAGUCCAAACGAGGAGGAGGAAGAAGAGGAAGAAGAAGAGGAGGAGGAGGACUCUAAUGAAGAGGAGUCUGAGGAUGACGAGGAGUCUGGGAAGCCUCCGGAGGGAGCGUACGACCCGGCGGACUACGCCAACCUGCCCGUCACCACGGAGAUCAGAGAGCUGUUCCAGUACAUCACCCGGUACAGUCCUCAGAGCAUAGAGUUGGAACACAGCCUGAAGCCCUUCAUCCCCGACUUCAUCCCCGCAGUGGGAGACAUCGACGCCUUCCUCAAGGUGCCGCGGCCGGAUGGGAAAGAGGACAGUCUGGGUCUGCUGUUUCUGGACGAGCCCAGCGUGAAGCAGUCGGACCCCACGGUGCUGUCGCUGUGGCUCUCAGAGGAGAGCAAACAGCACGGGGCCACCGAGCUGAAGAAGGUGACCAGUGUGUUGAGUCCGCUCUCUAACCCUCGCGCCGUGGACAGCUGGAUGGAGAGCAUCAGCGCGUUGCAUCGAUCCAAACCGCCCGCCAGCGUACACUACGGCCGCAGCAUGCCGGACAUCGACAGCCUGAUGCAGGAGUGGCCCCCCGAGCUGGAGGAGCUGCUGGGCCGCCUGCACCCACCCCCCGCCCGCCUGGCCUGCAGCCUGGACCAGUACAGCGACGCCGUCUGCGCCCUGCUGGACGUCCCGGUGCACCACGGCUGCAGAAUCCAGGCUCUGCACCUCCUGUUCAGCCUCUACCUCGAGUUCAGAGACUCACAGCACUUCACCCGCAGAGCGUAGAGCGGAGGGAGGAGGGAACUGUCCAGAUUAACAGAUUUAAAGUGUGUGUGCUGGUUAAAAGUGCGUCUGGGAGCACAAGUGAGAAAAUAUUCCAGAUUUGUAUUCUGUCCUUUUGUAUUAAAUACUCAAAUAAAAUCAAUAAAGACUUUAAAACA